CCCCGCUCCGCGUCCUCCCUGCGAGUUACGCUUCUUGGGUCCUGGCAACUUCUGCUCGCACGCUCUACCGGCUUUCCGGUCCGGGUACCCGCCGCUACGCUGCCAUGGCCCAGCACUUCUCCCUGGCCGCCUGCGACGUGAUCGGCUUCGAUCUCGACCACACACUGUGCCGCUACAACCUACCCGAGAGCGCCCGGCUCAUUUAUAACAGCUUUGCCCAGUUCUUAGUCAAGGAGAAAGGAUAUGAGGAGGAGCUGCUCACUCUGACCCCAGAGGACUGGGAUUUCUGUUGCAAGGGUUUGGCGUUGGAUCUGGAAGACGGGACCUUCAUUAAACUCGCAGCUGAUGGCACUGUGCUCAGGGCAAGCCACGGCACCAAGAUGAUGACUCCAGAGGCACUGACUGAGGCCUACAGCAAGAAGGAGUGGAGGCACUGUGUGUCGGACAAACACUGUGCGUCAGACAAGCCCUGCGCGUCAGACAAACGCAGCGUGUCAAACGCCGACAUCCCUUGCUGCUCAGGAAAGUGUUAUUUCUAUGAUAACUACUUUGACCUGCCAGGGGCUCUUCUCUGUGCCAGAGUGGUGGACUCUUUGUCAAAGCAGAACAGAGGUCAAAAAACAUUUGAUUUUUGGAAGGAUGUAGUUGCUGGUAUACAACACAAUUUUAAAAUGUCAGCCUUUAAGGAAAAUUGUGGCUUCUUCUUUCCGGAAAUAAAAAGAAAUCUAGGCAAAUAUGUGCACCGCUGUCCUGAGUCUGUAAGAAAAUGGCUUCGACAGCUGAAGGAUGCUGGGAAAAUUACUAUGCUGAUAACUAGCUCUCACAGCGAUUACUGUAAACUUCUGGGCAGUUACAUCCUUGGGAAGGAUUUUGCAGACCUUUUUGACAUUGUGAUUACAAACGCAUUAAAGCCUGGAUUCUUCUCACAUUUCCCAAGCCAGAGGCCUUUCCACACUCUCGAAAAUGAUGAGGAGAAGGAUGAGCUGCCAUGUCUGGAUAAACCCGGCUGGUACUCCCAAGGGAACGCCGCCCACCUUUAUGAGCUUCUGAAGAAAAUGACCUGCAAGCCGGAACCCAAGGUCGUUUACUUUGGCGACAGCAUGCAUUCGGACAUCUUCCCAGCCCAUCACUAUACGAACUGGGAGACAGUCCUUAUUCUCGAGGAGCUUCGGGGGCAAGAAAUGGAGAAGCCUGAGGAAGCGGAGCCUCUGGAGAAAAGGGGGAAGUAUGAGAUGCCAAAGGUAAAGCCUCUAAAUUCCUUGUCUAAUAAAUGGGGCUCGUACUUUAUUGACUCGGUCUCAAGACGGGGGACUGCAGAAGACUCCUUGGUUUAUACAUGGUCCUCCAAGAGAAUCAGCACCUACAGUACGAUUGCAAUUCCAAGCAUUGAGUCUAUUGCAGAGUUACCCCUGGACUACAAAUUUACAAGAUUCUCUGCAAACAACUCAAAAACGGCUGGUUACUAUCCCUUGGUCCAUUAUACUUUGGUUUCUGAAGACACAGACAGCAAAAUAAUCUCUACUGAGAAAUGAACCAACCAUAUGUACAGCACACAUACUGUUUAAAAAAUGUUAAUUUUCCACAGCAAUGCAAAUGUUUUAUAAGAACAAUUUUUCAAUGAAAAUUGGCCAAAUGGAUACUUGUCAGUCUGUCUUUUUAAAAUAUAAAUAAUUUUAUAUAAAUCAUUUUAAUGUUUAUCAGUUCUUGCUAUAUUAAUAUUUUUAGUAUCCUAGACCAAUGACUUUGGGAGUGGGGCCAGUAAUGACUUUUAAGCAAGCUUCUAAUAAAUUGGAUGCUCUAUUAUUAUGAUUUGAGCCCUGGGAAGUAAACCCCAUGCUGAGUAUUCGUACUUUUAAUUGAAAGUGUAAACUGAGUUGAUAACUCCAGAGUCUGGCGAAAAUCGGUUAUUGUUCCAGGCUAUUAGGCUUUUUGCUAUUUCCUUGUUUCCCCAAAAUACAUAAAGAGACAUGAUUUCUUAAUAUUACCUGAUCCCUUAGUAUUAACUUCUCACAUUAGGAAGCAGUUAAAUUUAUACCUGUUAAACUUCAGCUUUGUCCUUGGGAAGGGAGCUGAAAGACACACUCUACAGUUGUAUAGGGACGCUUCAGGUCGGAAUAUGUUGUGUUCUGUGUGGUUUUGAUUAGUUAACAUGUGCAUCAGAUCAUGUUUACACAAGGUGUUCAGAUUCACUGAUGAUUGUAAUCUCCUCCUCUUUUGCCAGUCAACUUCACUGUCCAUAAUGGACAGGAUUAGAAAAUGUUGUCAUUAUUUUUUCUUGGAAUUGAGCAUAUUAACAUGUGCACGGAAAAACUCUUUUCUUAAAAUUCCCAAAUAUUCAGAUAAAUCCCAACUGUACUAUGAGGAUGUGUUUCUCAGGGUAAUUAAAAAGGAAACAGAACUUAUUUCUUUACUAUCAGUAUCUUUGAUGUUGAUCAAUAAGAAUACAUGGACAAGUAUAUUUGAUAUCCAGAAUGUCAUUAGAGUGUUAUAAUGGGCACAUGCAGUCAAGCUUAGGGCCAAAUAAAUGAUGCUAUCUACUGUAUGCUUUAAGGAGAGGUUUCACUUUGCUUUAAAAUAAAGCUAUUUUUCCUUAUA